GCGUGAUAUAUUCCCCCUCUACAGUGGAUAUUUUAUUAGCAAAUAUUAUUUACGUACUUUACCGUGAGUGUCAGACUCAGCGCGACGAAAUCAGCAGCAACUGCAAAUCAGCUGCAGCAACAAAUACCAACCUGAAAACCUACGCACAGUCUCAUCAGGUGUGCUGCUAAAAGACAUGCCAAGUGCCCAACUCUUUUCAACCUUCCUAUUCCCGCUCUCGUUUCGAGCAACAGCGCCCAUCGCGCUGCCGGUCUAUCCGGCCAAUAUUGUGGCUCCAUAUUAGGAAACUACUGGCAGUCAAAUGUCAUUAGGCCAUAUCUCCUCUGACUGGUUGGCCAGUCUCGUGCCUCGUACCGUGGUGCCGGUAGUUGCGAUAAGGCGCUAACAAAGGCCCGCAUCCAAAUCUGGAAGGUAAUCCAGCGAGCUGUCAUGCCGAUCAACGGGGGCACUUCCCCAGACACAAUGUCGGCAGCUGUCUAAUUCAUAUGAAACAAAGGAGAAAUACGGGGUGCGACGGUGAGAGCCUUUAGACUAGGCCCAGUGCAGCAGCUGGCUCAGGCACACAGAGCCCAUGACAGCUCGGCUAGACGUUGUCACUGGCUUAGUGCGUCAGUUUGGGCAGGUCAAGGCCCUCUGAAAAAGUUCCCAGUGCCGUUAUCCGGGGCAAAGACCAACGGUGAGAAAGCUGGGGUAGGAGAGCUGGGAGACGGGAGCUGUGACGAUGACUGACUAUUUCGGGAAAUAUAUAAGAAGGAGCCUGGGAGAACGACAUCGAUGGAUUUGUUCUUUAAAGCAAACGCCAAGCCGAGCCAUAUUCUAUCUUCGUUCCUAUUUCCUUCUCCAAGCCAAAUCGCACUAGAUCGGCGUUUGCCCCUGCCCAUCUCACACCAUGCCUGGCCUUACAUCUUUCUUGGCAUACGCCUCUUUGGCUAGCGCCAUUGCUCUGCCUUCGCCCAUGAUCCAUGGCCCGGGUCAGUUCACCGUGGAUGUCAAGUUCAACCCAGACUUCAAGAAGUCUGCCACCUCUACUGCCGGUGCUCUUCUUGCCCGCGACAAUGGCAACACAACUGCCCAUGACAGCCCCUCGCGCGUAGAUGCCGAGUACUAUGUCGAGCUGCUUGUCGGCACACCCCCUCAGAAGCUGAACCUUUUGUUCGAUACGGGCUCCAGCGAUCUGUGGCUCUUUGGUGCCGAUGCCCAGGGCUCUAUUGACCCAGGCCAGGCCAAAUGGAACCACACUGCUAGUAGCACCGCUAAGCUUGUGCCCGAUGGCAGCUGGUCCAUCAGCUAUGGUGAUGGCUCCGGUGGCAAGGGAACCAUUUACAAGGACACCGUCUCUGUUGGUGGCAUCUCUGUGUCUGGCCAGGGCGUCGAGUACGCCACCAAUGUCUACCCCAUGAGCAACGGCGGCAACAUCCUCGGCGUUCCUGUGUCUGGCAUCGUCGGUUUUGGCUUCGACAACAUUAACACAGCCAAGCCUAAGCAAAACACUCUCUUCACCAACAUGAAGAGCCAUCUCGACCAGCCUCUCUUCACAGUUGACCUGCAGCACAAGGCCGACGGCACCUUUGGUUUCGGCUUCAUUGACGACUCCAAGUACACCGGAACUAUUGCCUAUGCCGAUGUUGACUCUAGCGGCGGUUUCUGGACGUGGACUUCGUCUGGCUACGCUGUUGGUGACGGCGAUUUUGUCAAUGAGAGUUUCAGUGGCUUCACUGACACUGGCAACUCUGGCUUCUCUGUCCCUGAUGGUCUCUACCAGGCUUACCAGAACGCUUUGCCCAGCACUGUCGACUGCAACACCGUCCUGCCCGACCUGUACUUUGGCGUUGGAGACUCCAAGAUCAAGGUCGCUGGCGAGCAUCUCAAGGAGAAGGAUGACUCUGGCAACUGCUAUGUCAACUUAUCCUCGGGUGGUAGCAGCGCUGGAUUUGGGUCGCCCUCCAUGGCUGGCGCCUUUGUUGUUUUCGAGAACGGCCCCAACGGUCCUCGCAUUGGCUGGGCCAACAACAAAUAAAUCAUACCAAAAGAAUGAAGAAGACGACGAAAGUACAUAGGGAGCAGAUCACGCUUGCUGAAUACUCUUACCCAGCCGGGGUAUAGAGAGGCACGCAGAAUUCAAUUACAUAUUAUUAUAAGUCUGUACAUAGAAUGAACCAUAUUUACCAACAUUAACUCCGAAUCCAGGUUCUACUCCUUGUCCUGUGAACCGUUGUCUAUAGUCUUGACAUGUCUAAAUUUCAAUCAAUCCAGGUCCAGCAAGAGUUUUGCCAGCCACCUCUGUAGCAUUGGCAAAGGGGCCCUCGCUUGUGGUGAUGGCGGCGAUGGUGAGGCCGUCGAGUUGGAAUUUGGCAUAAGGGAAAGGUGCCUUGGCAGUAAUAACAUUGCCGACAGUCCUAUACCAAAAUGGUUAGUAUCUUGUACACCCUUGCAUAAAAGUACAGAUUGGGGUUAGAAAAAACAUACUUGUGGCUGGUAAACUUUUGCACAAUGGGGACAUUCUGGCCACUGAUGAGCACGAUACGCAGGUUGUUGGCAUCCUGUCCAUUGCAGUUGAAGGUGAAUUCAAUCUCCUCCGUCUUGGCGCUAAUCUUGGGCGUUUUGAUGGUGAGAGCCUCAAAGGUAGGUAGAGGCAGCUUGUCCGGGCACGAACCAGGAACAAUGACGAGCUGUUGAAGAGCCGAAAAGGCAAAGGCACCCGAGCUGGCGGUGAGGAAAGGCUUCGCGGAGGGGACCUUGGCGAGUGAGCUCAUGGAUCGGAAGAAACCAUUCUGCUCACCCUCUUGGCCAAUAACAGAGCCAACCAAGCCAACAAACUUGGGGCCAUCGCCGGCAAUGCCAAAGUUUGUUUGGGCCUCCUGCAGCGUACCAAGAACAACGUCGGUAAAGGUGGACGUAAAGGCAAUCGCAUCAUCAAAGUUGGUGACGGGGAAGCGGUACUUGCACGGGGAGAUGGUCUUGCGGCCAGCAGUCUGAAGAAUGCCGUUGGCACCGAGGGCGUGGAGCUCCUCUUGGGCAAUGACGGCGCUAAGGGCAGACAGGACGACGGUGCGUGCAGCAGGGCUUCCGACCUCGUAGCCGGGGACGUUUUCUGUGAUGUUGGUGAUGAGGGAGUCGAAAAAGGCCACUUCGAAGAGCUCAUUGAAGGCAAUCAGAGACCAGAUAACGGCAGAAGUGUCUGAGAUUUCUUUGGGGAGCUGUCCAUCUGGAAGUGUACCAAAAGCCUGCUUGUUGAUAUUUAACAAAGCAGAGGAUCCGGGUUGGACAUUGGGGAAACCAUUUGCCAGGGGCAAUUGGCCGGGCUCUCUGCUACGCUCGACUAUGGAGUUUGUGUUUCGCGGUGUAGUAGGGAUGGCAGAGGCACCGAGUGCCAGAAGCGCAAGGGGAAAGGUGGGGAACAUUGUGUUAUGGAGAAUGAUGGUGAAUAAAAAAAAGAAAGAGAAGAGUAUAUAUGUGUAGUAGAGGUGUAGAUAAGGAGGACGGUUGGGUGGUAGUGGUGGUUGUUUUCGGAUACCGGAAUGGUGAUUCAUCUAGGUUGUUAUAUAUCUCAAACUUUGUCUGUAUCAUUAGCGAUGCACUGCCCGAGCGUCUAGGAAUUGUAACCCAUGUUUGGAGAUAACAAUCACGGCUUCCGUAAUCUCCGGAUAAAACUGAGCAAUUCACGCUUUGGAAUCAUCUAGGUUCUCAUUACCGUUGAUUCCAGCCUUAAUUGUGUCAGCGAGUUUAAAAACGGUCACAUUUUGGGAAACUACAAGCCACCCAUGACACAGCCCUAUUUCUUCUAUUAUUGUGCCCUUGUGUCGUUCCGUUCGUUCGGCUCUGUAAUGCUCCAUCGCCGCAGCCAAUAGCAU